CGGAGUGAGAACUUGUCAGCCCGAUGGCUGCGGGCUCCUCCUGCCUCCGACCAACCCGCACCCUUAACAAUUAACAAUACAGGGGAAGGGGGGUGGGGAAAGGGCCGGGACAGCAGAGCGAGGAAACCUCACAUUUCCCUUCCUUGCACGGCUUUCCCGAUCGCGUUAAAGCGGAGGCGGAGGGAACGGGCGCAGCUUGACACGCGCCUGCCAGCCACCCGCAGAACCUGAGUCGGACCAGAAGGAGAACCUUGGCGUUUCCCGGCAAGCUGUUCCGGCCGAUCUCCGGCGUCCCUUGGCUUUUGUUUGGCAGGAGGAGCCCAGCAUCUCAUCGCCUGCGGGUUUGUUGCAGGGCUUUUCGUUUCCCUCCCUUACUGGUUGUUGUUUUUUCCCCCACUCCACUUACGAAACCACCCAUCUCUUUCAUUUGAUUUAUUAAUUUUCCUCCUCCUCCCCCUCCCCCCCAAAUGAAAAUGCCGCUGAAAUACGUCAAGAGUCGGAAAGGCAAGGAUCAGCUGCUUCACGAAGGGUACCUGUAUCGGAAGGAGCGGGAGAGCAAGAGCAAGACGGUCUGGAAAUGCGCCGACUACCAGAAGUCCCGUUGCCCGGGGAGGGCCCACACGCGCCACGGCAAGCUGGUACACUCCUUGCCACACAAUCACCCUCCUCCUGCCAAGACAGGCAGCAUGGAUGCCGAGACGUGUGGCACGAAGGAAAGGCCCUCCUCUAGCCAAGAGCCCGUCCGCGAAGGGUCCGUGCCAGGCUGCCAGGCGUCGCCAGGAGUGCCCGCUUCCCACAAGCCACGCAUCCAGAAGGAUCCAAAGCUAACCAUCCAGCUCUUGCGAGCACGUCUGAACGCAGCCCGCCAAGUCGUGUCGGACUUGCAGCGGGUGUCUUCUGCUGUCGCUGAGACAGUUCCUGUAGAUCCGUCUCCGUCAGCUUCUCUGGACUUGCCUGAGCGCUCAGGUGCAUUUGAGGACCCAAGAUCCAAGGCCACCCCUGCUCUGGGCAAUGGCACAAAUGCAUCCCAUUUGCUUGCAAGCCGGUCCAGCCGGGAAGCUGCUCGCCAGAGGUUCCGCUUGGGCCCUGUCCCACCUGCAGAAGCUCCCCAGGAGAUUCUGUCCUGGCUGAGCCAGGCAGCUGAGCAAUGGCUGUGUCCUCAGCAGCACAGCAAGAACCAAAUUGUGGACAUGGUGGUCCUGGAACAGUUCCUGAACGUGCUUCCGGGGAACUUGCAGGCACGUGUGAGAGCCAGGGAGCCAGGCAGCAGCAAGGAAGCACUUCAGCUGGUCGAGAGCUAUUUGAGGGAAGAGGAGCCAGCUAACGCUGUUCAGGGCCUGGUAACCUUUGAAGAUGUAUCUGUGUGUUUCACAGAGGAAGAAUGGGCUUUGCUGGGCCACAAAGAGAAAACCCUUUACUGGAAUGUCAUGCAGGAGAAUUACGAUAAUGUGGCCUGGAUGACAGGUGACGAUAGCAAAAGGAGAGGGGAGGAUCCUUGGCUGGAAGCGUGCGAAUCGGUGGCGAUGGGAAAAUCCAAGGAGGCUAUUUUGCAGAGUCCUGAACAGUCCUGUCUGGAGAGGCAGCAAAAAACCAACUCAGGAAGAGAAAGAAAAAAGGAUGCUCUCUGCUGGAAGAGUUUGCAAAAACUAGACAGUGACAUGGUUCACCUAGAGAUGGAGACCCAGUGCACAUGUGCUGAUUGCGAGAACUGGAGCAAAUCCUUAUCAGCAUUUAUCAAUACUCAGGAAAGUCCCAGUCCUGAACCUAUGCCUCUCUCUGGGAAGUCACAUGAAUUAACUGAGAAGAAAAUCCUCCAGAAUCUUCAGGAAAACUUAAUCAAAGAGGACCAGAGCAGUGUGCCGAGGCAACAGGCAAGCCACUCAGGAAAGGGAGAAGAGAGAUCUACUCUUCUUAGAAACAGCUUGAGGGGCCCACUUCAUCUCGACUCUAGGCCACGUGCUGAUUCUGCAGAACUGGAAGAAUCACUAAGACUUGGCAGCAAUCAGAAAAUCCACAGCAGGGAAGAUCCGGAUUAUGUGGCACUGUGUGGGGAGUCGUUGGAAAUGUCUGUGGACAAGAUUUCUCAGAUUUCUGCCGAGGAAGACCUGCAGUCCGAGCCUAUGCAGCUUUGCUCAAAACUGAUUCUUGCCGACGUGAACGAGGCGGGAGACUUGCAGCACCAGCUUGCGCAUUUUUACUCAGAAGUAAGUACCACUGAGUCCAGUGGGGCUCGCUCCCAGGGAAGUGGGUGUAGGAUUUCGGAUUCAAUCAGCGAGGAUCAGAACGUUCAGGAGAGCCAUCUCACCAGCAUCUCAGGAAAUGGUGACGGACAGGAGAAAUGCCUUCUCUAUGGAAAUGGUCCGAGGGAUCUGCCCAAAGACAUGCUUCAGCUAGAUGCUGAACCAGGACCAGAGAACCAGAAUAUGCGCACUGGUUGUGGGGGUCGAGAUCAAUGCUCCAAGCACAUUGGUAGCCAGGAAAUGGCUCACAGGGAAGACCUAUAUAAAAGUCCCAAAAAGUCCAGUAGGCGGUUCACCCAAAAUUCAGGUCCCGCCAGCCAGACUAGCUGUUCCGAUUCAGGUAAGAAGCCCAGAGAUCUCUUGGCUUUAAUGAAACACAGGCGACUUUACAAAAGAGGAAAGUAUUUUAAUGGGGAAAACAUGCAUGCCAAGUCUGUUCUUGGAGUGCCUCAAAGAAUCCAGCCAGCUGGAAAACUUCAGAAACGUUUGGACUGGAAAGACAAGGGCUACUACCGACUUAGCCAAUGCAGACUUCUUGAACCAGGAAGAGGACUAAGGCAACCCCUCAAGGACCACCUCCAGACUCGCGAAGCAUUACAUCUGACUACAGCGACAAUCAGAACGGCCUCAGGGACCGGCUCUUCCCCUCCAAACCCCAAAAGACUGAAACCUGAGCCAAUCUCUCCCUCCCCUUCCCCUCCCUACAAAAUGGCGGCUGAGCCAACGCUGGCCCAGUUCAUGGCUCUGCUAGAGCAAGUUGCUGCCGACGCCGUGGAGAUAAAGUCUGCAGUCUCCCACUUGCACACCUCAGUCACUGCCAUCCGCAGCGCCCUCGGGAGCCUCUCUGGGUGUUGGGACGAGGCUGAGCUCAGGAUUUCUGACUUGGAGGACACCUCCCAAAAUACAAAGGCCCAGCUUGUGAAGCAGUGUAACGAUACUAAAGCUAUCGAGGCCAAACUGGGAAAGGCCGCUUUCCCACUUGCAGGCCGUUUUUUCCAACAUGGUGAUAAAAGUGAGGAAAAGUGAUAAAAAAGUGAUAAAAUUGGGAAAGCCGUCCAGACCAAUGUCAUUGCAGGGUUGUGGUCAUCGCUGAGGGGUCAGCGAGAGGCAGCCGCCCUAACUAAUGUGUAAGGAUGUUUCUGAAGACCUGGCUCAGAGAGAGAUCAAGCACCGAUCAUUCCAAAACUAGGCUUGGAUGCAAUUGGUCGAGACAACCUGUUCACCGCCCACUCCUUUGCUGCCUUAGAAAAACCUUUGCAAGCUCUUGACCCUCUGCUUCUUUCAAUAAACCUUUGGUGACCACAGUGAAAAAAUAAAAUAAAAUGGUUCUUGUGCCUCUGUGAUGUUGAUUCAAGUCAUCUUGGCCCUAUCUAGGAAUGGAGGGCAAGAGAGUAGUCUGGGAUCAAAGGGGAUGAGGGCAGCCAGUCUUGCUCGCUACAUUCAGGUACCAGAGGUAAAAAGUAGGCUGGCCAAAUAAUAAUUUUACAUAUAUUGCAUUCAGCAAACCCUUGUGUACAAAAUAUAUAAGAUGUAUGCAUACAUUUAAAUCCAGGCAUCCCCAAACUGUGGCCCUCCAGAUGUUUUGGCCUACAACUCCCAUGAUCCCUAGCUAACAGGACCAGUGGUCAGGGAUGAUGGGAAUUGUAGUCCAAAACAUCUGGAGGGCUGAAGUUUGGGGAUGCCUGUUUAAAUCUAACCCUAGAAAGGUGAUGGGAGAGAUCAAACUUACAUGAUUGGCUGGUGGGCGGCAUUUGCUAGAAGUGGCCCUGUAGGCUAUCAAGGGGUGCCAACAUGAAUAUGGGGGGCAGGUGAGCCCUACCUUGCAUAAUCAAUCACAAGAUGCAGCACACACAAACACCAUUCGAAUGGCAAUGCGCAUCAACGGGGAGAGAGGACUGUCGCCCUCAAAUAUUUUAUUUGGGGGGCCGAUGGGAGCUCAGUCCCUAGGAAUUGGCUCCCAGGAGGACGUCUGGAGGUAAGCAAUGCAAAUAUUGGGAAUUAAUCACUGAUCCAGCUUUCCCCAAGAAGAGGGAGGUCCUCUCCCUCACUUUUAUCACCAUGUUGGAAAAAACGGCCUGCAAGUGCCGCAUGUCUCCCAGCGCUGCUUAUGGUUAAAAGCUUCUGCCUGGAAGACAGGGGUCACCCUACGACAGGAUGAGAGAUAUAGUAGACUGCCCUGGGAUAAAGAGGGUGAAUGAACGGCACUGUAUACGUAAAUGCUACAGACAGACGGAGCGAGCUCCUGAGAGCAGGAUGUGUCACACCAGGCACCGUCCAUGUAGUACAGUAGUACCUCGGGUUACGAACACAAUCUGUUCCGCGACGCAGUUCGUAACCCGAAAUGGUCGUAACCCGAAGCGCCAUUUCGUGCAUGCGCAAAGCGUGCGCGCAGCAAAAAUACUUCCGGGUUUGCGGAGUUUGUAACCCAAGGUGUUCGUAACCUGAGGUACGACUGUAUUGCCAAUUUUCCCACCAGCCACUAAAGCUGCGCCUCUUAACAACAGCUUGAUGUGCAGAUACUUCUUAAUCCCUAAGCACCUAUAAUGUGUAGGCACAGUUUGAGGAGGAGAGUAACAAGAAGAGGAGGAGGAGAGGGAGCGGCCUACAGACUUAUGUCAUGUCCACACCAUACAUUUGUAGCCCUGUGAUACCACUUUGAACAGCCAUUGUUUUCCGCAAAGCAUUCUGGGAGCAGGGGCGGACUUUGGUAAUCUUUGGUAAUAUGGCAACACUGUGUGAGGCUGAAAUUUGGCAUUCCUGAAUUAUGGAGCUUCUCAAUUUUGCGCCCCAUCAGCUUGGCACCCUGUGCCAGGGGGAACCACCCUCACCACUCAAA